UCAAAUUCAAAAUCCACUAUGAUGGGCUCAAACUCACUCCAAAUCCCAAUUGCUUUGCCCAACCACACCCCCACUCUCUUUUCCCCUCUCAGCUUCUCCCUCCCUCUACUCUCUCCCUCGCCUCUUCUACGACGUCCUUUCCAGACUCUCCCCCUCUCAAUCCGUCCCCGCCGCGCUUCUACUCUCGCCUCCUCCGCCGCUGGCGUCGCCAAUUCCGUGCAGAGAAAUGGACACUACACCGUCGGCGAUUUCAUGACCACGAAAGAGUCCUUACACGUCGUCAAGCCCUCCACCACCGUCGACCAAGCGUUGGAUUUCUUGGUGGAGAAGAGAAUUACCGGCUUUCCUGUGGUGGAUGAUGACUGGAAGCUGGUUGGUGUUGUUUCGGAUUAUGACUUGUUGGCAUUGGACUCCAUAUCAGGAGUAAAGAUAGGAGGUGGUAGUCAACAUGACACAGACUUCUUUCCAGAUGUGGACAGUUCUUGGAAGACAUUCAAUGAAAUACAGAAACUGCUUAGCAAAACCAAUGGAAAAGUUGUUGGUGACUUGAUGACACCUGCUCCACUUGUUGUUCGCGAAACCACCAACCUAGAAGAUGCUGCACGGUUAUUGCUUGAAACAAAAUAUCGCCGACUGCCGGUUGUAGAUAGCGAAGGCAAGCUGGUUGGGAUCAUUACAAGGGGAAAUGUUGUUAAAGCUGCCCUACAGAUUAAACGUGCUAGUCAAAAAUUAGGUUAGUUCAGGGGAAUAUCAUUGGAGCUCAUGGACAUGCAUAAUGAGCUAGCUAAAAGUUCAUGAACUCAAAUAUGUCACCAUUACUUCUGCAGCACACAGGCACAACCUGCUGUUGCAGCGAUUAAUCAGAGCCAAUUAUAGUGUUGUAGAUUGCUCUAUAACAGGGUUGUCCUUGUAUUCUUCAUGAAAUAUAUAUAUAUAUAUAUAUAUAUAUAUAUAUUUUAGGCUUGUAAUUGAUCAACAUUGUCUAGGUCCUCUAGGAUCAGACCUGAAUUUUGUAUUGUAAGUAUGAGUAUUGAUUUUGAUUGGUUUGUAAGGAACUUGUUCCACAUUUGCUCUUAUGUGACU